UUUACUUGGAAAUCCUUAUCCCCAAUUUCAAUUAUUAUAACCAUCAUCCUUCAAUUUUCCAUCCAUCCCUUCACUUCUUGAUCUUCUUCUUUGUCUCUUUAUUUUGAUCUUGAGAAUGAAUAUAUUGCCUGAAGUUUCAGAAAAAGAUGAGUAUGUUGAUUGGAGAGGAAGGAGUGUGCAACCAAACAAGCAUGGUGGCAAGAAAAUGGCUCUCUUGGUUUGCUUGACAGAGAUACUGGAAAAUAUGGUGCUUGUAGCAAACAUAUCAAAUUUAGUGGUUUACUUCCACUCAAACAUGAAGUUUACAAUCCCAGAAUCCUCAAAUAUGUUGACAAACUUCACUGGAACAUGCCUUCUCCUUACUCUAUUCAGUGGAUUCAUUGCUGACUCUUUUCUCAAGAGGUUUUGGUGCAUCAUUCUAUUUGGCAUCCUAGAACUUUUGGGUCUGCUUAUAUUGACAAUCCAAGCAUUUGAACCAUCACUUAGACCAAAAGAAGGAGAGAAAACUUCAAGCUCUCAGGAAGCCAUGCUGUACAUUGGGCUGUCUGUAAUGGCUUUGGGUGUGAGUGGAAUAAAGGCUAACUUAGCAUCUCAUGGUGCUGAUCAAUUGGACCCAGUGAUACAUGGUCAGCAAAUCAUCACAAGCUUUUUUAAUGGCUUUUUCUUUUGCCUUUGCACUGGGGGAAUGCUUGCUGUUACUAUCUUGGUUUGGAUCCAAGUCAAUAGAGGAUGGAAACUAAGCAUGAUUCUUUGCACCAUCUUCCUUUUUCUUGCUAUUUUUAUUUAUUCUUUGGGUUUCAAGUAUUACAAACAUAAAGUUCCAGGUGGAAGCCCUUUCACCAGGAUUUUCAAGGUACUUCGGUUGAGUUUUAUUAACAGAAAACAGUACUCUCAGCAAAGUGAAGACAGUAUAAGAGGAAGUAAUGCAAAAAAAUUCAGGUUCUUGGAGAAAGCCAUUAUUGUUGGUGGACAUGCAAGUACAGAACAAGUAGAAGAAGCAAGAUCAUUUCUAAGACUCCUACCAAUAUUUGGCAGCACAAUAAUGAUGAACUGCUGCCUUGCCCAGCUCCAGACAUUCUCAGUCCAACAAGGCCUUCUCAUGAACACAAAAGUCUCCAACUCCUUCUCCAUCCCUCCUGCCUCCCUCACUGCAAUCCCAAUCUCAUUCAUGCUCCUAUCUGUCCCAAUCUUUCACCACCUCUCCACCUCCCAAACAAUAACCAAACUCACAGGAACCACCUUGUCAUUAAAACCUCUCAAAAGAAUUGGUGUUGGCCUUGCUCUUGCAAGCUUCUCAAUGACUGUGGCUUCUCUUGUGGAGAUUAAGAGAAGAAGAGCUUAUUCUAAUGGUGGUCAUCAAAUCAGUGUCCUUUGGCUUAGUUUUCAGUACUUGUUGCUUGGUGUUUCAGAUAUGUUUACUUUGGCUGGGAUGUUGGAGUUCUUCUAUUCUGAAGCUCCUGAGACUAUGAAGAGUGUUUGCACUUCACUCUCUUGGUGUUCAACUUCAAUGGGUUUUUUCUUGAGCUCUAUUCUUGUUUCUAUUGUUAACAAAGUGAGCAAGAGAGUUAGUGGGGAGGAGUGGUUGGCAGAGAGCUUGAAUGCAGGUCACUUGGAGUUUUUCUAUGCUCUUCUUGCUUUGCUUAAUUUGCUCAACUUCUUCAACUAUCUUUGUUGGGCUAAAUGGUAUUCCAAGUAAUACUUUUUCUAGUGUUCUUUUGUGCAUGGGUGUGCUGCCCACUUUUCAAGCCAAUGGUUUCCUGAAAAAAAAUCUUAUUUGGCCCUUUUUCAUUUAGUUAUUUAUUUAUGUAUGGGAGUGGUGGACUUGUUUAUAUG